AUGGAUCUGAGUUCAGAAAUAAGGCAGAAGCCAAGGACUCCAACAGCUACUACAAGUAGUAUCCGAGCAACGUUGACUCCUACAGUUUUAGCACCCUGUCUGCCUCAACCACCUCAGAAUCCUACAAAUAUUCAAAAUUUUCAAUUACCCCCAGACUUGGCACAGAUGCAGGCACAGGCCCAUGCUCAGUCCCAGCCUCAGAAUACCAUGGCACCAUGCCCUGCAACUUCCACAAGUGCCCCUCCUGUUCAGAUAUCAACUGUGCAGGCUCCUGGAACACCAAUUAUUGUGCAAGUGACACCAACUACCAUAAUUAAGCAAGAGUCUCAGGCACAAACAACGGUACAGCCAACUACAACAUUACAGCAUUCUCCUGUAGUCCAGCCUCAGAUUGUUUUGGGUAGUACUGCACAGAUAACUGCAUUAGGAACAACCUCUGCUGUACAGCCUAGAACUCCUCAAAGGACUGUACAACAAGGAACCACAGCAACUUCUGCUGCCGCCACAGAAACUAUGGAAAAUGUGAAGAAAUGUAAGAAUUUCUUAUCUACAUUAAUAAAACUGGCCUCAUCUGGUAAACAGUCUACAGAGACAGCAGCAAAUGUCAAAGAACUAGUACAGAACUUGCUAGAUGGGAAAAUUGAAGCAGAAGAUUUUACCAGUAGGUUAUACUGAGAACUUAAUUCUUCACCUCAACCUUACCUCGUGCCUUUCCUUAAGAGGAGUUUACCUGCCUUGAGACAAUUAACACCAGAUUCGGCAGCUUUUAUCCAGCAAAGUCAGCAACAGCAGCCCCCGACACAAGCAACAACUGCCCUGACAGCAGUGGUGUUGAGCAGCUCCAUUCAGUGCACAGCAGGGAAGACUGCUGCUACUGUCACAAGCACUCUUCAGCCGCCAGUCAUCAGUCUGACACAACCCACACCAGUCACCGUUAGCAAACAAGGACAACCUACACCUCUGGUUAUCCAACAACCACAGAAACCAGGGGCAUUGAUAAGACCUCCGCAGGUAAUAUUGACACAAACUCCUAUGGUAGCAUUGAGACAGCCACACAAUUGUAUUAUGCUCACAACUCCUCAACAAAUUCAACUAAAUCAGCCUCAAACAGUUCCUGUGAUCAAACCUGCUGUAUUACCUGGCACCAAAGCUCUUUCUACUAUUUUGGCACAAGCAGCUGCUGCACAAAAGAAUAAACCUAAAGAACCUGGAGGUGGUUCUUUCAGGGAUGAUGAUGACAUUAAUGAUGUUGCAUCAAUGGCAGGAGUAAACUUAUCAGAGGAAAGUGCAAGGAUAUUGGCAACAAAUUCUGAAUUAGUGGGCACAUUAACAAGAUCUUGUAAAGGUGAAACCUUUCUCCUUUCAGCACCUUUACAAAGAAGGAUAUUAGAAAUAGGUAAAAAGCAUGGAAUAACAGAACUUCAUCCUGAUGUAGUAAGUUAUGUGUCACAUGCAACUCAGCAAAGGCUACAAAACCUCAUAGAAAAAGUAUCAGAAACUGCCCAACAAAAGAAUCUUUCUUAUAAGGAUGACGAAAGAUAUGAACAGGCAAGUGAUGUCCGGGCACAGCUCAAAUUCUUUGAACAGCUUGAUCAAAUUGACAAACAGAGGAAAGAUGAACAGAGAGAAAUUUUAAUGAGAGCUGCAAAGUCUCUAUCUAGGCAAGAAGAUCCAGAACAACUUAGGUUGAAACAGAAAGCAAAGGAGAUGCAGCAACAAGAGCUAGCACAGAUGAGGCAAAGGGAUGCCAACUUAACUGCAUUAGCAGCAAUUGGUCCUAGGAAGAAAAGGAAAAUGGAUUCUCCGGGACCUGGAUCAGGGACAGAAGGUUCUGGAACAAGUAUAGCAGUCCCAGGCAGUUCUGGAGUUGGAACGACGAGACAGUUUAUGCGACAAAGGAUAACACAGGUCAACCUCAGGGACCUCAUAUUUUGUUUAGAAAAUGAGCCAGAGACAAGCCAUUCACGAUUGCUAUACAAAGCAUUCCUUAAGUAAAAUGGAAAAGAUCAAGGUAUUUUUGAUGGAGACGCCUGGGGACAUUUUUAUAUAUUUGCAGAUUACGCCUUUUUUUGUAACAAGCAAAUGGGAUAUUGUUUAAAAAACAGCCACCUCUUUACAUGGAACAGUUUUAUAUUCCUGUUUAUAAAUCAGCUCUUCAGUAUGAGAGAAAGU